AUGCAGGUGGAAGACUUUGACAGGGCCGUGAGUGCCCUCUUCUCUCAGGGCAACACAGCUGUCAGCCCCGCCACAAGUGGUUCUGCUGUGAUUGGGACUGCGGUAGUUUGCACGAUGUGCGUUACUGUUGGGGGUUCAUACGCUGCAGCGGUCUGCGAUAGUAGCAGCGGAGCCCUUAUGCUGCUAUCGGCGCUUCAGUCACGCUGUUCUUUUGAGGCCAAAUUUUUCGCUCUGCAACAGCUGUUGCAGCUGUUGCCUCAGCAGCAGCAGGAGCAAAGGCAGCAGGUCAAGGAUAUUCUCUUCAGUGUAAUGCGGCUGCGAGUGUGUAGCGUGUGGGCUUGCAGCAGCAGUAACAGUAGCAGCAACAGCAGUGGGGGGGCGGAUAACCCUGCAGCGCAGCUUGCGGCCGCGGCUUCCGACCCAGGCUCAAGCCCUGAUGCUGCUGGCGUGCACAACAAACUCGCCCUGUUGGUGGCACGGCUGCUGGCAGCAGAGAUUGCCAGCGAAGGCGGAGCCUCAUCAACUGCAGCAUCGGAAGGGAAAGUGGCAUUCUUGGCUUUGCGGCUAUUGCUGCACCAAGAACUGAAUGCAAUUUGCUUGCAGCUGCAGGAGACGGAGAAUGGUGUGGCGGCAGCGGCAGCAGACAUUGCUGACCGUUGCAUUGCCUGCAGAAACCCUGCCUGCGCUGUAGCAGCAGGCCGAAACCUUGCAGCAAGUCUUGAGUCUGUUCGUGUUGCUUUGCGAGUACUGCUGGUCUUACACCAGGAAUACCUAGAGGAUCUGCCGGCAUCAGCUCUCUCUGCAGCUCUCAAGAGCUCGUUCCCGUUCGAUGAGGAAGUUGCAGCAGGCGUGGCUGUCAGCUGCCCGCCGCCGUUUUCUCCUCUGCUACUGCAGUUGCUACGGCUGCUGCAGCUGGCGCACAAACAUAGCCCCGCUUUAGGCAGUGUGCUGCAGCUGUGCUGCUCAGUGGCAGAGAAGUAUGUGGGAUGGAUGGACUUGCUGCUGCCGCCGGCGCCACCGACAGGUGGACAGGCGGAGGCUCGCAGCAGCAGCAGCAACGGCAGCCCCAAUUUGCUGCAGCUCUUGGGUUCAACAUGGUUGGCAACAGGCUUCUCGGACGCGGCUUCUGCAAUUGUAGUGUUUAUACAUCGCAAGAUGGAACCUGCUGCGCGGAUCGAUCUCCUGUGCCGCAUGGAGCUAAUCGAGUGGCUCUUGCACGAAAUUCCGCUUACGGAGGUUGCCGCCUCCCCCGCAAUGAUAGUGCCUUUUGCCACAAUGGUCAACGCAGCAACGGCAGCCUUGACAGAUGCCACAGCAACGCUAGCGGAGAAGCUGGAGGCAGUUGGGGCAAGCGACGUCUUGGGUCCUGUGGCAGCGGGCAGCAAUAACACUCUAGUGGCAGAUAGGAACCCCAGGGAGGUGCUGCAGCAGGGGUUGACGGCUUUGUGGGCAGUGCUGCCACUGUCAGUUCAGCUGCUUGGCUCUGGUGGUCUAGAGGUCUCCAGCGCAGUGGUACCGGCUCUGUCGGUACUGCUGACAAGAGCAGCAAUGCUACAGAGACAGGAUAGCAUUCUUGUGCAGCCGCUUACUACUGCACGCCUGCAGGGCUUUCUUCUGGAGCUGCUGCAAGUGCUCAUCAAAAGACUGGCAGAGGUCGAUAUGCUCAAGGAAGCUGCGGAGCAGCAGUAUCAGCAACAACAACAGCAGCAGGUCGUUUACAGCAGCUUAGACGAUGAAGAGCUCGAACAACUGUGUGCUUACAAGGAGGUAAUUGAACUUCCGGGCAAGCGACGCCGAGGGUCUCUUGCUGCGGCUACCUUUAUUCCACACAGCUGCACAGCGGCGUAUAGGGGAGGCCGCACUGCUGUAGCCUUGGACAAAUCUCUUGAGUUCGUUAGUGGGAUUGAGUCUGGGGAGGCUGGAAGUGAGUUUUCUGUUCCGCAGGCGCUCACUGGGCUGUUCAGAAAGGCCUGUGCUGCCGACCAGACGCGCGUACUGCAGUGGAUUCAGGAGGGGAUUCUGCAGCACAUGCAACACUUGCAACACUUACAACAACAACAACAAGGGCUUCAACAGCGCCGGGAGCAGCAGCAGCUGGCAGCGCUGCUGCAUAUGCUCCUCAUCAUGACUGACGACAUCAGUGACCUUCCUGAGAAGCUCAAGGACACAUCCAGCCAGCUACACGCGUGCUUGGUGCAGUUGUUACAGCUGCUGCACUGCAUGCACUCAUGUGAGGCAUUUUCUUGCGGGACGGCAGCGGAGAACUUCAUGAGGGUUCUUGUGCGCAUUGCACCGCUUCUCAGCAAGCAAGACCAGCAGCAACACAUCCCAGAGGCGCUGUCGCUGCUGGCAGGACCUCAUGGAGUGUGCAGCAGCAGCACCACCGUCGCCCCCAGGGCGUGCCUAGCGUUGUUGCGGUUCGUCAAAAACUGUUUGCCGUCAUCCGCUGCCUACACUGGCCUGUUGCUGCGGCAUUUGCUGCAGCAGCAGUGCCUUGAUAUCCCUCGAAACAGCAACAACAACGACGACCUUCGGCAGCAACGCAUACGGUCUGCAGUGUCGCCCAGUUGCGGCAACAGCAGCAGACAGGAGCCCAGGGUGCUGGCAGCAGCAGCCGAUGUUUAUGUCCUCCCAAGGGCGUUCCAGGUGGAACAGCAACUUUUGCUGUUCGAGGCGGCGGGUGUCCUUCUGGGCUGCAAGCAACACCUGUAUGGUCGGUCCGCGAGCUCCUCGGAAGAACACGUCAUGCUGCUACAUGCAUUGUUGGCGAAAGCCACGGCGGCCUUCACUUCCGAGACUCCUUCAGCGGGGGACACAGCUUCGUCUGUGGCAGUGUACUGUUCGCGCUGCGCUAACGCGCUGGCUUCUCUUUCAAAGGGCUUUCAGCCCUUCAAACCACAUGGGAGCCCUCGAGUGGGUGUGGGGGCCGUGUGCAGUUCAGAGACCGAAGCAGAUGCCUUCGUGCUUGGGGAGCUCAAGAAGUCAUGGCUCCACGCGCUACAGCUCUUCACUGACGCCGUGCGCGUGGCGUGCGCAGAGCGGAGCCCUUUAGAGGUUGGAGGCACUAGCCUGGUGCUGCUCCCUCCCUUCCUACAUGCAUGCGUUUUCCUGUUGCGGAGGCUUCUGUCCUUGUUGGGGCCCCUCGCGGCCUCUUCCAUUGGAGUUCUGGUCCCACUGCUGUUUGAUGCUGUACUUGUGGAAGCCAACAGUACAGCAGCAGGCACCCUGGAGCAGCAGCAGCACUCCCCAGAACUCGCCGCCGAACUGCUCAGCGGCUUCUUCAUGCAACUAUUUGUGUCGUUAAAAGGGCCUCCUCUGCUCUUUUUGCUAUUGCAGCAUUUCCCUUUGGUGCUGGAGAGACACCUGAGCCUUUACAUGAAGGCCGUUGCUGCAGCGUCUCAAGAACCCAAUUCUGCUGAGUUGCAACGAGAGUGCCGGGGGGUGCAGGAGCAGUUGGCCUUUGUGCUUGCGACGGCGGCCAGGGAAACCCCGGAAUCUCUUCUGCGCUUUGCGGCUGCUUCGCUGCUUGACGCUGAAAGCAGUAGCAACAACAGCGGCGACGGAAGCAGCAGCAGCAAUGGCGCCUCCUGUUUCGUCAGUGCGGUUGCGCAGUGCCUCGAAGGGGACAACACUGCAAUCCCAGAUGGAAAUUGGGUGGGUAGACAGCAGCAUGCAUUGCUGCAGCUGCUACACCAACAGCAGCAGCUGCUGCAUGUGAGGCUUUUCGGCUCAUCACAUGCCGCCCGUGGGGCAGCAGCGGUGACAUCGAGGGUUCCUGAGGGAACCCCUGCCCCUCUGGAAAUUGCCAGCGUUACAUGGAGGUGCAUACUGCUGUUGCUACUACUCUGCUGCUACCCUGGAGGCUCCCCGACAGCAGCAGCAGCAGCGGCGCAGGCGUGGGCGCACCUUGUGGCCGCCCUUGUAUGCAAAUCUGAUAGCUGCGUGGAAACAGAGCAGCACCUGGAACAGCAACAGCAGCAGCAGUUGCAGCAAGUCGCACGGCUUCCUUUCGAGCUGCAGCAGCUUCAGGAGGCAAUGAGGGACUUCAACAGGCAAAAUGCAGCCCUUGAGGUGCAGUUGCGACAGCGGCGUUCCCAAGGUGGCCCUGUGCAGACGCAGCAACAACCACUACAAAUACAACAAAGUGAAGAAAUGCAGCUGCUACGGCAGCAGCAGCAGCAGCGUGUACAGGGGAUUCACUUGCCGCAGGCGGGGCAGCAACUGUCGCUGGUUCUCCCGCUACCUCCUCUCUUUUCCGUAACUGCCCGUCUUUUGGCGUCGCUAAAAAACGACGAUCCCCAGCACGUCAAGCUCGCGACCGACAUCGGGAGCCUAUGGCGAGUCUGUGGAUACGGAAUUCCUCCGGGGAGUCCUCAGCGCACAGCAAGCGCAGCAGCCGCAGCAGCAGCCACAGCCGCAGCAGCCCAGUUUGUUUCCUUUUUCACCCCGCUACGCAGCGGCCUGCAGGAAGCGCUGAAGGACGGGCUUGCUGAGCGCAUUGGCGAUUCUGAUGCGGCUGCUACUGCUGCCGCUGCUCUUAUAGAGGCUCUGGGGCAGACAGAUGGACAGCAACUUCGAGAAGUGAUGAGGACGUGGGCGUGGCAGUUUUUGCCAAAGUAG